GGCCGCUGUGGAGAAGCAGCGAGGAGAUGGCGGUCAGCAUGGCCUGCGCCCGUCCGCUAAUAUCAGUAUACUCUGAGAAGGGGGAAACAUCUGGCAAAAAUGUCACCAUGCCUGCAGUGUUCAAGGCACCUAUUCGGCCUGAUAUAGUCAACUUUGUCCACACAAACCUACGCAAGAAUAACCGCCAGCCAUACGCAGUGAGCGAGCUUGCUGGUCACCAAACAAGUGCUGAAUCAUGGGGAACUGGUCGAGCUGUUGCCCGUAUUCCCCGUGUGCGUGGAGGAGGAACUCACCGUUCCGGUCAGGGUGCCUUCGGAAACAUGUGUCGUGGAGGGCGUAUGUUUGCCCCAACUAAGACCUGGAGACGCUGGCACCGUAGAGUCAACACAACCCAAAAGCGCUAUGCAGUCUGCUCUGCACUGGCCGCCUCAGCCCUUCCUGCUCUUGUUAUGUCUAAAGGUCACCGUAUUGAGGAGAUACCUGAGGUUCCCCUUGUUGUUGAAGAUAAAGUUGAGAGCUAUAAGAAAACAAAGGAAGCUGUCCUUCUGCUGAAAAAGCUCAAAGCCUGGAAUGACAUAAAGAAGGUUUAUGCGUCUCAGCGUAUGCGUGCUGGAAAGGGUAAGAUGAGGAACAGACGUCGCAUUCAGCGCAGAGGACCCUGUGUUGUUUACAAUGAAAAUAACGGCAUUGUAAAAGCCUUCAGAAACAUCCCAGGAAUCACCCUCCUGAAUGUAAGCAAGUUGAACCUUUUAAGGCUUGCUCCUGGUGGUCAUGUUGGACGGUUCUGCAUUUGGACAGAAAGCGCCUUCCGCAAAUUGGAUGACCUCUAUGGUACAUGGCGCAAAUCAGCCAAGCUGAAGGCAGAUUACAACCUUCCAAUGCACAAGAUGACAAACACAGAUUUGACCAGAAUCCUGAAAAGCCAGGAGAUCCAGAGGGCUUUGCGGGCUCCAAACAAAAAGGUGAAGCGAAGGGAGCUCAAGAAGAACCCACUGAAGAACCUGAGAAUCAUGAUGAGGCUGAACCCAUAUGCAAAGACAGCAAGACGUCAUGCUAUCCUGCAGCAGCUUGAGAAUAUUAAAGCUAAAGAAAAGAAGCCAGAUGAUGGCAAGCCUAAAGCAAAGAAGCCACUUGAUGCAAAAACUAAAAUGAUCAAGUUGGCCAAAGCAAAGAAGAGGCAAGCCAGGGCGGAAGCUAAAGCAGCAGAGUCAAAGUAAUCCUGGAGUGUUUCCUCCUGUUCAGCACUUUGGAUUUACUCAAUAAAUUGUUUCAAACUUU